CCAUCUGAUUUUUUCGGUUUCCACCGAAGCCGCGCAGCGAUCUCACUGUUUGGUUUCGUUUUUGUGUCGUUGUGUCUGUCUCUCUAUUUCCUCUCUGAGAGUAACAUGGGACAAUCACUAACAAUCCCUUUGAGCCUAACUCUAGAUCAUUGGCAAGACGUUCAAGAUCGGGCAGACAACCUGUCCGUGACAGUCAAAAAGAAAAAAUGGAAAACUCUCUGUACUUCAGAAUGGCCAACAUUCAACACCAGCUGGCCAGCAGAAGGGACUUUUAAUACUGAUCUUAUCUUCCAGGUGAAAACCCGAAUCUUCACCCAUGGUCCUCAUGGACACCCUGACCAGAUACCCUACAUUGUUACCUGGGAGGACUUAGCCUCCAACCCCCCCCCCUUGGGUUGCUCCUUUCUCUCCACCCAAACCCCCUGUCCGUUCUCCCCUUGAACCCUCUGCUCCCCUCAUUCCACUUCCCCCUCCCCAAACCUCUCAUCUUUACCCUGUUCUUAACAAAUCUGAGACCUCAGUUAAAACAGGGACAACACCAAAGAAGGUUCUACCGCCGGAGGACUCAGCUCUGAUUGACUUGCUGACUGAUGAGCCUCCUCCCUAUCAGCCCCAGCCCUUACAAGCCCCUGAACCUGAUCAAGCAUCCUCCGAGGACGAGAACCAAGAAGGCCCAGUCGCCAAUGCUCCCCCGGAUCCAUCUCCCAUGGUGGGACGGCUCCGGGGACGCCGGGAUCACACCACCUCAGGAGACACCUCCAGAGUUCUCCCCCUGCGACAGAUGGGAGGCCCCAAUGGCCAAUAUCAGUAUUGGCCUUUUUCUGCCUCUGACCUCUAUAACUGGAAAACCCAUAACCCUUCCUUUUCUAAAGACCCUAUAGCUCUAACCUCUUUGAUUGAGUCUAUCCUAGUAACUCACCAGCCAACAUGGGAUGAUUGCCAGCAGCUCCUGCAAAUUCUCCUCACUUCAGAGGAGAAACAAAAAGUUCUUUUGGAAGCUCACAAAAAUGUGCCAGGGGACGAUGGGCGUCCCACCCAACUCCCAAAUUUGAUUAACGAAGCUUUUCCUUUAACCCGGCCAAACUGGGACCAUGCGACUGAAGCAGGUAGGGACCACCUACGUCUCUAUCGCCAGUUACUCAUAGCGGGUCUCCAUGCAGCAGGGCGACGACCCACCAAUUUGGCUCAGGUAAGACAGACUACCCAAGGGGCAGAAGAAACCCCGACAGCAUUCCUAGAAAGAUUAAAAGAGGCAUAUCGGAGGUUUACUCCUUUUGAUCCUGAUAGUGAGGACCAAAAAGGAAAUGUAUCCAUGGCUUUCAUUUGGCAGUCCGCCCCAGAUAUCAGGUCUAAAUUGCAGAGACUAGAUAACUUACAAGAUUUUUCUCUGGCAGACUUACUGAAGGAAGCCGAAAAGAUAUAUAACAAAAGAGAAACUCCAGAAGAACGAGAGGACAGGAUCAGAAAGAUGCAGGAAGAACGAGAACUUAAGCUUAGAGAGGAAUCAGACAAAAAAGAAAGAGAAAGAGAACGAAGGCGUAACAGGGAACUAAGUAAAAUAUUGGCCACCAUAGUUCAGGCAGGACAUCAGGGAAACAAAGUAAACAGGGACAGGGAGCAAAGCAGACCCCGUGUAGACCAAGAUCAAUGUGCCUACUGCAAGGAAAAAGGACACUGGGUAAAAGACUGCCCAAAGAGACCCCCCAACCCCAGGAGAGAUACCAACCGGGCUCCCCGACUGCUGACAUUAGAUGAAGAUUAGGGGAGUCAGGGCCAGGAGCUCCCCCCUGAGCCCCGGGUAACUCUACAAGUAGGGGAGCAACCUGUGACCUUCCUAGUGGAUACCGGAGCCCAACACUCGGUGCUGACACAGACACCAGGACCCAUGAGCCACAAAACGACGUGGGUCCAAGGCGCCACUGGGAGCAAACCCUACCGGUGGACCACCAAGAGAGAAGUACACCUUGCCACAGGUAAGGUUUCCCAUUCAUUCCUACACGUGCCUGACUGUCCGUAUCCACUGUUGGGAAGAGACUUAUUGGCUAAAUUGAGAGCCCAAAUUUAUUUUAAAGAUGGGAGCGUCUCCAUCACGGGGCCAAACCAGACUCCCUUACAUGUACUGACUUUCAAAUUGGAAGACGAAUAUAAACUUUUUGACAAACCCUCGGUAUCUAUGAAAGACAUGGACUAUUGGCUUAGUUCCUACCCGGAGGCCUGGGCUGAAACCGGAGGAAUGGGAAUGGCAAAACAACGGCCCCCAAUAGUCAUUCAUCUGAGGGCCGCUGCUAUUCCCAUUAAUAUCAAACAAUAUCCUAUGUCAAGAGAGGCCUAUCAGGGCAUCAAGCCGCACAUCAAACGCCUCCUAGACCAAGGCAUCCUAACACCUUGCCAAUCACCCUGGAACACCCCAUUACUGCCAGUUAAAAAGCCUGGGACUAAUGAUUACAGACCGGUCCAAGACUUAAGGGAAGUUAACAAGAGGGUAGAAGAUAUUCACCCCACAGUGCCAAAUCCUUACAAUCUCCUUAGCACUUUGCCUCCUACUCAUACUUGGUAUACUGUUCUGGAUCUGAAAGAUGCUUUUUUCUGCCUAAGACUGUCUCCCCAAAGUCAGGCUCUCUUCGCAUUUGAAUGGAAAGAUCCCGAAGGAGGAAUCUCUGGACAACUGACCUGGACGAGACUGCCACAAGGAUUUAAAAACAGCCCAACACUCUUCGAUGAGGCUUUGCAUCAGGAUUUGGCAGACUUCCGUGUAAGACACCCUUCCCUAAUCAUGCUUCAAUAUGUAGAUGACAUCUUGCUGGCUGCGACCUCCGAGGAAGAUUGCCAGGCAGGUACGGAGGAAUUAUUGCAAACUUUGGGACUACUAGGGUAUAGGGCGUCAGCAAAGAAGGCCCAAAUCUGUCAGACAAAAGUUACCUAUCUGGGCUAUGAACUCCAUGAUGGUCAACGAUGGUUGACAACUGCCAGAAAAGAGACUAUCUCAAGUAUACCAACCCCCAGAGUCCCAAGCAACUGCGGGAAUUCCUGGGGACAGCAGGUUUCUGUAGACUCUGGAUUCCUGGGUUUGCUGAGAUAGCAGCUCCCUUGUAUCUACUAACUAAGCAAGGUAACUCCUUUGCUUGGACUAAGGAACAUCAAUUGGCAUUUGAUCACAUCAAAUUGGCUCUUCUGUCAGCCCCUGCUUUGGGCUUACCAGACGUUACCAAGCCCUUUGAUCUAUUUAUAGAUGAAAAACGGGGUUAUGCAAAAGGGGUUUUAACCCAAAAACUAGGGCCCUGGAGGCGACCUAUAGCCUACCUGUCAAAGAAAUUAGAUCCAGUGGCAGCAGGAUGGCCACCAUGCCUCCGGAUGAUUGCAGCUGUGGCUCUUCUGAUUAAGGAUGCCACUAAACUGACUUUGGGACAGCCAUUAACCCUGUUAACCACUCAUGCCAUCGAAACUGUAAUUCGCCAGCCGCCUGAUCGCUGGAUGUCAAAUGCCCGACUCACCCAUUACCAGUCUUUGUUAUUGGACACCGACCGAAUUCAGUUUGGUCCCAUGGUGACACUGAAUCCAGCGACCCUCCUGCCGCUCCCAGGAAAAGCAGAUCCUCACAACUGUCAGCAGAUUCUUGCAGAGACACAGGGAACCCGGCCAGACCUCACCGACCAACCGAUGAAGGAUGCGGAGCUGGUCUGGUACACAGAUGGAAGCAGUUAUCUGCUCAAUGGAGAACGACGAGCAGGAGCAGCCAUCACCACCGAAUCUGAGGUAAUAUGGGCGAGUGCACUUCCGGGCGGAACAUCAGCUCAGCGGGCAGAACUGAUAGCGCUGACUCAAGCGUUAAAGUUGGCAGAGGGGAAGAAACUAAACGUGUACACUGACAGUAGAUAUGCCUUUGCUACUGCUCACAUACACGGAGAAAUUUACAGACGCCGGGGGCUACUAACCUCAGAAG